AUGUUUGAUGGAGAGAAAGAGGAAGUCUGUGAUGUCAUGAUGAAGUAUCAAGUGGAGAGUGGGUACAAAGUAAAAACUUUGAAGACUGGUCGGAAGCGUUAUACUGUUUGUUUCCUUUUCAAAGAAGAAAAAGGAUGUAAGUCGAGGUUCCACUCAUCUUUGGCAUUCCCAAACAACCGUGAUUUUAAGUGCAAGACUUUUAUAUCGGAGCAUUCUUGUGGUUUGGCGUGCUCUGAUGCUUCAAAGCUUCGAAUGACGAAGACUUUUAUCAAGAACAUCAUAAAAGACGAUAUUAGAGUUUCAAGUAAGCAGAAAUCAUCUGCGGACAUUCAAGAUUUGUUUUUCAGAGAGUAUCAAGUUGACCUCACCUACCAUCAAGCAUAUCGUGGACUAAAAUUUUGCAAAGAAUGUAUUUGGGGAGAUGAUAUAAAGUCGUAUUCUGACUUCUUGUGGUAUGAAGAAGCUGUCAAGCGUCAUAAUCCCGGAAGUGUCAUUAAAUUUGAGUUUAAUGCUGAAAACCGACAGUUCGAGAGGUUUUUUAUUUCUUUUGAAGCUUGCAUCACAGGGUUCAACAAGUAUUUCCGUCCUAUGCUGAUAAUUGAUGCUACGUUUCUUACUGGAAAGUUCAGGGGUGGUCUUAUGGUAGCUUGUGGGAAAACUGGCAACCAAGAGAUAUUUCCACUUGCAUUUGGGCUUGUUUCUGCGGAAAAUGAUGAUAAUUGGCGCUGGUUUCUGGAAAAUUUGAAGGGAAUUGUCGAUGAUGAUCGUCCGUUGACCAUCAUAUCUGAUCGUGGAACUGGACUUUUGAACAAUGUUCUUGAGGUAUUUCCGAAUGCUUUUCACUCAUAUUGCUCGUACCAUAUGAAAGGCAAUAUUCUAGUUAGCAAGGGAAAGAGUAGACAAACUACAGUGAAGUUGUUUGAGCAAUGCUACACUGCUGUCACCAAGGAGCAAUUUUUUAAGGCAGUUUCAAGCAUGCACAAUCUGAAGUUGUUCUCUGUCAUUGAGUGGAUGAAGAAGAUCCCACUGAAGAAUUGGGUUGCUCAUGAGUUUUAA